GUGAUAAAAGUAUUUCAAUUAAAAAUAGCAAUAAUAAAACAUUUUAACUCAAUAAAUCAUUAAAAAAAGUAAUAGGCGCAACAAUCUCGAAAUAAAAGCAAAUAAAAAUGUCACGUCGCCGAACAAAUGCUGGUUCUUAUGAACUGUUAAAUAGUGAACCUGACGAGGAGGAGCAACAUGAUCAACCCGAUGGCUUUGUAGAUGAACAAUGGGUGGAACCACAAAGAAAAUUCCCCUGGAAAACAAUUUUAUUUAUAUUGUUUUUCUUUGUGGCCGGAGCGACCUGUUUGACAUUUAGUAUUUUAGUAUCGUCUGGUGUAUUUAAUGAAAAAUAUGCUGAUCGUGCUUGGCCCCUAUUAAUAUUGGGUAUUUUGAUGUUUAUACCCGGCGGUUAUUAUGGCUACAUAUUGUUGUGUAUAUUUCUUAAACGUGAUGGUUUUACGGUGGAAGAUAUACCUAUGCUGUAAUUGGAAGGAGUAUAAAAAUGCAACUUAAAAUCUGCCAUUAUGUUAUUGGUCUUUUGUAAUUUAGUGUUUAAGAAAAACUUUAUUGAUACAAUUUUUUGUUUAUAACGAUUUAUAUUGGUGUUAUAAAACAAUAAUUUAUAACAAAAAUUGAUAAUAAAUGUAAUUAAAAGA